AUGUCGACCUCAACUACAACAGCGCGCGUCGUUGGUUCCUUCCCCCAGGUUACGACAAAGGUCAACAAACGAUCAAAGGACUUCUUGGAGAAUGUCAGACGGUGGGAGCCGAUCCUGGAAACAUAUCAAAAUGCCCUUCGAGCGAGUGCAUCCGAGGGCAGCGCGAACAGCGUGUUGAAGCACACAGGUCGAGGACAGCUCCGAGCGCGUGAGCGAGUGGCUCUUCUCCUCGACGAAGACUCGCCCUUCCUGGAACUCCAGCCAUUCGCUGGCUACGAGAAUCCAGAUUCCUCCCCAGCAGCGAGCCUGAUAACGGGUAUUGGCCUGAUCAACAAUGUUCCCACGAUGAUAAUAGCUCAUAUCCCGUCUCUGAAAGGCGGCGCGUGGAACUAUUUCACGGUUCAAAAACAGAAUCGGGCCACAAACGUCGCCACGAAGAACAACCUUCCCAUCGUCGCACUCGUCCAUUCGGCGGGCAUCUAUCUGCCCCUUCAAUUCCACGUCUUUCCGUAUGGAGGAAAGCUAUUUCGAGACCUCUCCGUCCGCACCAGAAAGGGCCACCAAUCGUGCGCGGUAGUAUUUGGCGGCUCGACGGCUGGGGGAGCCUAUCAUCCCGCAUUGUCCGAUUACACGAUAUUUGUCAAAGGCCAGGCCAAUGUCUUCCUCGGUGGGCCGCCGUUGGUCAAAAUGGCGACAGGGGAGACGGUGGAUGCAGAGGACCUCGGAGGUGCCGAAAUGCAUGCUACUGUUACAGGAUUAGCGGACCAGCUGGCUGUCGAUGAAUUUGAUGCAAUCCAGAAAGCCAGAGAAUGGGUCCUGACGACCACGGCAGCGAGACUCGUCGGUCGAUAUAGUCAACCUGAAGUGCCUCCACGGCCGCCGCUCUAUGAUCCGGACGAGUUGUAUGGGAUCGUGAAUCCCGACAUUCGUCAGCCGCUGGACAUGAUGGAAGUCCUCCUACGGAUCGUCGACGAUGCGAGGCUGGAGUCGUUCAAGCCGCUAUGGGGCAAGGCGAUGAUAACAGCUUGGGCUUAUAUUCAUGGGCAUUUGACGGGAAUCAUCGCCAACCAGAGACCGAUAAUCAGUCCGGACGAGUCAGACAAGUCGACACAGUUUGUCCAUUUAUGCAACCAAAUGAAAGUUCCCAUCAUCUUCCUCCAUAACGUGACGGGGUUCAUGGUGGGCUUGAAAGCCGAACGGGCAGGCCUGAUCAAGAAAGGCGCCAAGUUCGUGAGUGCCAUCAGCACCAGCCUCGUUCCGCACAUCAGCGUCCUCGUCGGCGCGUCCUACGGGGCCGGCAACUACGCCAUGUGUGGACGGGCCUUCAAGCCACGGUUUCUGUUCGCGUGGCCCAACAGUCGCUGCUCGGCCAUGGGGCCCGAACAACUGUCCGGGGUCAUGGAGAGCAUCACGCGGACCUCUGCCGAGCGGUCGUCCCGACCGGUCAACGAAGCGGACCUGUCCGCGCAGACGGAGGAGCUCAAGGCCGGCGUGGACCGCGAUUCGACCGCGUACAGGUACUCGUCGUACCUGCAUGACGACGGCAUCAUCGACCCGCGAGACACGAGAGACAUCCUGGGAAUGUGUCUGGAGGUGGUGAAGAAUACCCCGAUCACGGCCAAUCCAGGGUCGAUGAAUCUGGCGAGGAUAUAG